GUGUCUAGUACCUAUGCGGGCCGUUCUCAGGAGACAAGCAGGAAGAAAAUGAAGCAUCUGAUUUGCUUCCUGGUUUUGUUCCUCAUUUCUGGAGUGGGAAGCUUUGAUCUUGUUAUCUACGACAUCCCAGAUGAAGUGGAAAACCUGAUAGACCUAGAAAUUGAUGGAUUUCCUUCAAGCUCCAAGACGAGAAACGGCAGGUACCAGCGAAGCACAUCCGACUGGGGGUACGUUGGAGAUCUGGUGGACGAUGAUGACAAGAUAGGUCUCUACAGCUACAAAGUUCAAUCCACUAUUACCUCACGGUUGGCCAACACAAUGAUCCAAGCCAAAAUGGUGAAUAAUGCAAAACGGACCCAGAACAUAGUGUUUGAUGUACAAGUCCCCAAAGGAGCUUUUAUUGACAACUUUACUAUGGAUAUCAAUGGUAUAACAUUUACCAGCCGAAUUCAUGAAAAGUCUGAAGCCAGAAAAAUGUACGCUCAAGCAAAAGCCAGAGGCAAGGCUGCUGGAAUUGUAAGGAGUAACGCCUUGGAUAUGGAAAACUUCAAAACCGAAGUGAAUGUGCCCCCAGGAAUGAGGAUCCAGUUUGAACUUCACUACCAUGAAAUGAUUCGAAGGAAACUGAGCUCCUACGAGCACGUCGUCUCUGUGAAGCCAGGACGCUUAGCAAAGCACAUGGAGGUGGAUGUCCGCAUUGUCGAGCCACAGGGAAUUCGCUAUGUGCAUGUUCCCAAUUCUCUUGGAGAUCAUUUUGAUGGAAUCACCACCAUCUCUAAGGGAGAGAAAAAGGCUCACAUUUCUUUCAAGCCAACAAUGGCUCAGCAACGAAAAUGCCCUACGUGCUCAUCCACAGCAGUAGAUGGAAGUUUUGUGGUGCAGUAUGAUGUGAACAGAGAAACCACAGGUGGAGAACUGGAAAUAUUUAAUGGCUAUUUUAUUCACUUCUUUGCUCCGGAAAAUCUUGAUCCUCUGCCCAAAAACAUUUUAUUUGUUAUAGAUGUCAGUGGCUCAAUGUGGGGACUGAAAAUGAAACAAACCAUCGAGGCCAUGAAGGCAAUACUGAGUGAGCUCCGUGCUGCUGAUCAGUUCUCCCUUAUCGACUUCAACCACAAUGUCCGAUGCUGGAGAGAUAACCUGGUCUCAGCCACCCCAGCGCAGGUUGAAGAUGCUAAGAAGUACAUCCAGACAAUCCAUCCCAACGGGG